UAGAGGACCGUUCAAUCUGAAGAAAGCAACACUUAGCUUGACACACUAAGACCUUUCUCUAUCUCCUCUUAAACCAUUAAGUAUUUAUAUUAAAGUUUAUCGAUAUUGUUGUAAUCAGUGAUUGUGAUUGGAAAAAUCAAUUAAUUUUUAAAAAGCAAGAAAAAAGUGAAGUUAUUUGUGGUUAAUUAUUUAAAUUUUGCGAAUUGAUUCAUCAAGUUGAAGACUUUAUUAAAAUUUUGAUAAAAUUGGGAGAAAAAAUUUGAAGAUAUUAAAUAAAGAUGGGACGGAGAAAUUGGUGUGAUUAAGAAGACAUUAAAGAAAAAAAUGUUGGAAAAUAUGGAAUUAUAAAAGACGUGGUUCCGGUGGAUGCUUCGGUACCGCUAUGCAGAGCUCUUCGACGACGACCAGGGGCUUCCAACAACAGUAGUUCUUGAGUGGUUUAAGUGCUAACUGCUUCUCGCGUUUCAGUAGUGACGACCGAAAGUGUUAAAAACGAAGAAAACCCGUUCUCAUUUACACAAAAAUAACAAAAUCAAAAAAUGCAGGGAUCAACUUCAACAUUAUGGCCAUAUCUCCUCAUAACAAUAAGCUGUUUUUUAACAGUUUCCUCCGUGGAUAUAAAAAGUACAUCAACUACAACACCAAGGUUAACAUCUGCAAUCACCAUAAACACAACAACACCAACACCAAAUAAGUUUCUUCCACCACCAACAAACAUAACAGAUGUUUUAGACGUAAGAACACCGCCAAAAAUAAAGCAAAUGAUGAAAAAAGUAGAACAAAAACAUCAUCAAUCGAUAGAAAAUUCCCAUCCAGGUGUUGCAGAACCCGUUGAUGAGGAAUCAAUCUUGGAUGAUUCUAAAAAGAUGAAUUUUUAUAAACUUGAAUCAAAAUCAACUACGGAUAGUGGAUUAUCAACUUGGAUUCUUUUAAGUGGGCAGACUUCUUCGACACAAAAGCCGAUAAAAACACCAAAUAAUAAAAACGAAACUAAAAAUGUCGCAAUUGCGAAUCCAAAUAGAGGUGCUAAACCGGGAUUUAAAAAGAAACCAACUAAUAAUCAAUUAGUUACAUCUACAUCCACGUCAACAACAACCCAAAAAAUUGUGGGGAUUAAAGAUGUAGAGAAAAGUACAACUCAAAAAAGUGUUUCUACUCUUGGAGAAAUUGUUACAAAAAUUAAUAAAAUCAAAGGUUCGAUUACAAAACAUAAUAAAACUGAACCAGCUAUAAAAGAAAGUUCAACAAUUAAAGUAACAAGUAGUGUGAGUGAAAAAAUAAAUAAUUCUACUCAAAAAGUUAUUUCAAAUGAAAAAGUUUUAACAUUAAAAGAAAAUAAUGCAUCAACAACAGAAUCAGCUACAACAAUAAGCACAUUAAAUUUAAAACCUGAAUUAAAAGACGGCGAAUUAGAAUUACCAUCAUCAACUCCAAAUACAAAAAAGAAUCGAAGACCAUCACAGAAAAAGAAGAAAAAUAAAAAUAGAACUCGUCGUCCAAAUGCUGAAGAAAAAAUUGAUGGUAACAAAGAGAAUAAAACUAAAAUAGCAACUAAAGAGAAACCAAUAAGUACACAAAUUUAUAAUUAUUUAGCUAGAGAGGUUAUGCCUACGGUUGGUGUGGGAUUAGUUGGAUUAGUAGUUACUGCUGGUUUAGCAAGUUAUUUCUUAUACCCAUUUGGUACAUUAAGAAGAUCUUAUGAUAUUGAUAGAAAAGAUAAAGGGAAUAAUUAUUACUAUGAAAAUGAGUAUUCUGGUGGAGUUCCAGAAGAAGAAGCGAUUGGAAAAGUCAUCGCUGGAAUGCCUUUUUAUGAUUACAACAAAAAUAAUUAUCAAAAUGAAAACAUUCAAAAUCGUCAAAAUUACCAACCAGCUUCGAAACAAACUCAUUCAAAUCGAUAUCGUUACUCUGAUAAUUAUUAUAAUCCACAAGUGACGGUUGAAAAGGUCCAAUUAGAUCCAUUAAAAGAUUAUAAACAUGAUGGAAAUUAUUUGCAAGAAUCGUACCAAACGAAUGAAGUGCAUAAAAAUGAACCGAUUACAUUCAACAAAGAUGUUAUCGCUAAAAAUGUUGAAGCUACUUAUUCAACGAGUGAUCAACAAUACGUUGUGGGUAAUAUUCCUAAAGAAAUUCAAGUACAAGAAGUUACUCCGGUUGCCGUCCCUGAACACGGACCGAGAAGUUUAAAAUUACGAAGAAAAAGGGAAAUCUUUAAAAAGAACGGGGUAAAAAUCGGAAAAAAUUUGAGGUUUAGAAAGAAAGUUGGUAAAUUGUAAGAAACGUUUUUUAAUAAUAUUUUUUGCCAAAUUAUUUUUCUCUUAAUCGAUUUUAGUUUAAAUUUGUUAU